UGCUAUUAUACACCCAGCUACUAUGACAUCAUUAAGAAGGUAUGUAUAUUACUAUAUAGAUGACGUACAAUGUACAUGGAGAAACAACCAAUCAGUCGCCCUCAGUCCCCUUCCUGAUCCUCGCGCACUUGCAUAUGCGGAGGAAUUUGACUUCUAAUAAUAAUAAUAACUAGAUAUUAAACUCUAGGUGUAGUGUGUGUACUUGUUAUGGCUAUCCUAUUGCAGGGAUCACUUUUUAUCCUACUAAUGCUGCAGUUCUGUGUGCAUGGAGACUAUGUUAUCAUUGUGAGGAUUUUCAACUACAAUAACCCUACCAACACUGGUGUUUUCCGUGGUGCUAGUGACUGCUGUGAUGGUGUUCGCGAAAACGAUAUGUGCAGUAUUAUUCAUCGAAGAUGUGACAACAGAUUCACAUUCUGUGUGAAGACACUCAGUGAUUCAGAGGAUGGAACCAGUUCUUGCAUAAGUGAGUUUCUGAUGACCCCAGAGAUCAACUUCAAUGAUGCUCCCAUCGCCUUUACUGGGUCCACCUGGCUGGGAUUAGACAACCCCUUCAGACUGAAUGGCAUCACCACAGCAUGGCAGGGUGCCCAGGUCUACGUAGAAGUCUAUGACCGGGAUGCAAAUACAGAUGGUAGUAUAUCUUACCAACUAGUUGAUCAGUGGAGGCUGUCUGUAGAGCACCUCAAUGUUACUGCUGGUGCUGCCUUUGGUCCACCGCUCAACUACCCUGGAAUACAUGGCUAUAGUAAUCUCAACGUAAUUUUCAGAGUAGAGUGCGCAGAAAGCUACUAUGGAGUGUUGUGUGAGAAUCUCAAUGAGUGUUUGUCCGAGUCUAUAGACUGUAAUCAAGGCAACUGUGUGGACGGUGAGGGAUUGGAAACCUGUGUGUGUAACCCUGGAUACACUGGACAGUUUUGUGAAACAGAGAUCAAUGAGUGUGAAGUUUUGAACAUUGACUGCAACGAGAAUGAACAGUGUAUGGAUGAGUUGAACUCUUACUCCUGUGUCUGCAAUACUGGCUACACCGGUGCUGAUUGUGAGACUAACAUUGAUGAUUGUGAAAGUAGGAACUGCAGUGGAAAUGGUGUGUGUGUGGAUGGUGUUAACUCAUUCCGUUGUGGAUGUAUGUCUGGCUUCACUGGAGAGAUGUGCAGUGUGGAGAUACAAGCUGCUAUAGCUGGUGAAGUGGUGGGAGGACUGGUAGGCAUUGUGCUGAUUGCAGUCCUAGUCAUUGUCAUAGUGAUUAUCGUCAAGAAUAAGCAAGAGUCUUCUAAAUACGCCAUUAGUGGAGGAACAGCUGAGAUUGACAUACCAUGUAAUAACAACAUGGUGUACGGUGUGUGUGAGAUGGCCCAGCCUCAACCUAUAUACGAGAGUGUGGAAGAGAACAACUAGAAACUCAUGAUAAAUGUGAAUGUUAGCUAUGCAACUGUUGUCGAGCAUGCAUGAAGCUGCAGACUAGUGAUAUCUAUAAUGAUGUCAACAUGCAUGAGGCAAUGACUUUGAUAUAAUUAUCUUUACACAUUUCCGAUGA